CCCGAGUGUGCAUCUGGAUGGUUCCCAAGAUGCUCCCUCCCUUGUCAACCGGAGGUUCUGGGUCCUGCUACGGUUGUAAAAACACACCAUUGUAUACGGCGGCAGAGCAGUAAAAGCCAGCAAGCCCCCCGCCAUACACCUGUGACGUCUUCCCCUGUUCAACUUGACACUCCACAAAAGAAGCAACUCGCACUUACAUCAUCACCACACUACCUGGGUAACAGAUCAUAGCCUACUUCUGCUUUCCUCUCCAACACAGUUUCAGCAGCUGCAAAGAUCAACAAGUUUCCGUAAACCGCAUAUCCAAAAGAACCUCGCCUCAGCGCAACUUUCUGCGUGAGAGACCCCCGCCAUCUUGACAACCUUCUCCUGCUCUCCCCACUCAGCCGCCCAAAACCGCCGCCAUGGAAAGGAUACAGCUCAUCCUCCGAGCGAUCCAGCUCCUCUUCAUCAUCAUCCUCACGGGCCUAAUCGGCAACAUCAUCGCCAGCAACGAGCACGCCGCAUCAUCCGCCACAGCGGCCAUCAACUUCUCCAUGUUCGUCGUGGUCCUCUCCUGGCUCGCCGCGCUGCUCGGACUCGCCACCGGCCUGGUCGAGCGGAUCGCGCUGCCCGUGCUCGUCCACCUGGGCGCGGACGCGCUCGCGACGCUCUUCACCUUCAUCGGCGCGGUGGUGCUGGCGGCCAAGCUGAAGGUGGUCAACUGCGGCGGCGACGACACGCGCGGGCAGCCGGGCGACUGGAUCGCCUACGGCAGCGGCGACGACCACAAGCGCUGCCGCGAGGUCCAGGCCGGCACCGUCUUCAUGUGGUUCCUCUUUGCUACUUUUGCCGCCGCCCUCGUGCUGAGCUUCCUCGGCUUCCGCCGCGGCGGUGGGAGCAUCCGGUCUGGGCCGACCAUGUCGCAGGUUAGGGUAUGAGGCAAGGCGCGGUUUGGGCUUCUGGAAAAGGGUGGGAGGCUGGGAUGGGUAUGUACGGGGGUUUGGUUACGGAUAUGGAUUUGGUUUUGGGACGGCAUGGAUAAUAAUUGGUACGGGUACGGGUACGGGUUGAUCCCUAGGAUGUGUAUGACGGGUUAUGAAGGUUAUGGUUAAUUACGGACGGGAUACGAAGUACGGGCACCUUUUAUUAUAAUGGGGUAUAUGACUGGGAGGGUUUGUCUUGGCCUGUGUUACGGAUAAGGACUGAAGAUGGGCUUUUGUGGAAUUGGUAUAUCCCGUCAAGGUAGUCGACUGUCUGUCUUGUUUUUAGCUUGUUUUCCCGACAGAGUACAACGCAAGAACUAAGACCAAUUUUUAUCCAAGCAAC